AUGUGUUCAGAGCAGAUACUCUUUCCCACCACGAACAAGAGACACCAUGCUCCUCCAGAGGCAAACACAUCACACAACCAAAAAUCCACCAUGUCUCACAUCAGCCUAUUGCAUGACCACAGCAACAUGAUCAUCCAUAUACUUGUUGAUAUUGCCAAGGAAGAUGCUCGACAAGAUGGCAAUGCCUCCGAAAGCAAUACUCGUCAAGUACACGUACUUAUAACUUUCUGCAUACGCAAUCUGGCCUGCCAGCACGACCAUCUCGUACGCCGUUUCGUUUCCAGCGAUGCCGGGGAUCUCCUUGAUGCCUUCGAGCAGACUCGCCGCCGUGAGCUCAAUCGCCUCAGUGAUGUAUGUGGUGUUUGUGAUGCCAAGCUCCAAGGCCAUGGUGCCGCCAAUGUACUUGGUUGCGUUGGGCACGAACUUGUUCACGAACACAUUGUAGUAAACCGUGUACCCGAUACAACCGCCAAUGACGCGGAUGGACAAGGUCAGUGCGGCGACCGUGGCGAUAAUGUCAUCGGGACAGAUAAUCGUGGUCAUGAUCGAAGCGGGGACGACGAUGCCACCAAUACCCAGGCCACCGAGGAUGAGUAG